GCAUUUGAUUCUAUUUCUAUAGAGAGAAUUCGUUCCUUAGCUAGACUAUCAUUUAGAUGGAUGGAUGCUUAUCGGCAUAAGUUAAAAGGUAAAGCAGCUGAAUAUGCAGUUAAGAAAAAUAAAAAGCAUAGAAUAAUCAAUGAAGAAAUUAUAAAUUGGAUUAAUAAUAAAUUAUUAAAAUAA